GAAAUCGCCAUAUUGGAUUUAGUUUUUGAAAGUUGAAAUUUCAUUCUUUUUCUCGUGUUUUGUGGAGAUUGCUUUUAAGUAAGCUUUCAAAAUUCCUCUCCUUACUCCGACCAUGCCAUUGCCGCCACAACUGAUUCCGUGGUCGCGCAUGGAAGACGGCCAAAACCUCGAGAAUGCAAGUACAGAAGACAUGCUUGUCGAUGAAGGGUCGUCAACUCAACAGAAUGACAAUGAUGUCAUGGAGACAGAGGUUGAGGUGAAGUCCGUAACAAGAGAGGGCCAGAAGGUCGACCCAUCACACUUUGAACUGCUGAAGGUAUUAGGACAGGGCUCCUUUGGAAAGGUAUUCCUAGUAAGAAAGAUAACAGGCAAAGACACUGGAACACUCUUCGCAAUGAAAGUACUCAAAAAGGCUACAUUAAAAGUGAGAGACAGAGUACGAACAAAGAUGGAAAGGGAUAUCCUGGCAGAUAUAAACCAUCCUUUCAUUGUACAGUUGCACUAUGCGUUCCAGACUGAGGGAAAACUAUACCUCAUCUUACAGUUCUUACGUGGGGGCGACUUAUUCACAAGGCUCUCUAAAGAGGUAAUGUUUACUGAGGAUGAUGUCAAAUUUUAUCUGGCAGAGUUGGCCCUUGCCUUGAACCACCUGCACUCUGUGGGGAUCGUAUACAGGGACCUCAAGCCUGAAAAUAUUCUGCUGGACCAUGAAGGUCAUUUGAAGUUGACAGAUUUUGGACUGAGUAAGGAAAGUGUGUUCAAAGAUGGUAAAACCUACUCAUUCUGUGGCACUGUUGAAUAUAUGGCACCAGAGGUGGUAAAUAGAAAGGGACAUGGAACAGCAGCAGAUUGGUGGUCUUAUGGUGUUCUUAUGUUUGAGAUGUUGACAGGUGCAUUGCCAUUCCAAGGAUCAAAUAGAAAGGAGACCAUGACUCAGAUACUGAAAGCGAAGUUAGGUAUGCCACAGUUCUUAAGUCCAGAGGCCCAGUCUCUUCUCCGUGCUCUUUUCAAGCGCAAUCCCCUCAACAGACUAGGAACUGGGCCUAACGGCAUUGAGGAUAUCAAACGCCAUGCGUUUUUUGCCUCGAUAGAUUGGAAGAAACUUGUUGCACGUCAGGUGAGCCCCCCAUUCAAGCCUGCCUGCAGUCGGCAUGACGAUGCCUUCUAUUUUGACACAGAAUUUACAUCAAAAACACCCAAGGAUUCUCCUGAUUCUCCUGGUAUCCCUCCAAGUGCUACAGCCCAUGAGCUUUUCCGUGGCUUCAGUUAUGUGGCCCCCAUCUUCAAAGAUAAACCUACAACAACACAGAAUAACAUACAAAAGUCUUCACUGUCAAAGCAACCAGGAGUGAAAAAGAAAGCAUUUACAGAAGAGUAUGACAUGAAAGAGGAUAUAGGCACUGGGUCCUACUCCAUUUGCAAGCGUUGCAUACAUAAAACAACUGGCCAAGAAUACGCUGUUAAAAUUAUAGACAACACUAAGAGAGAUUGUGCUGAAGAGGUUGAGAUAUUGCUGCGUUAUGGCUCUCACCAACAUAUCAUAGCCAUCAGAGAUGUAUUUGAAAAUGGAAACACAGUGUAUUUAGUUACUGAGUUGAUGAAAGGUGGCGAAUUAUUAGACAAAAUUUUACGACAAAAGUUUUUCUCAGAGAGAGAAGCAAGUGCUGUGCUGCAGACCAUUGCUAAAACAGUCAGUUACCUUCACAGUAGUGGGGUUGUGCAUAGGGAUCUGAAGCCCUCUAAUAUUCUGUAUGCUGACGCGUCUGGGUCACCAGACAGUUUGCGAAUCUGUGAUUUUGGCUUUGCUAAACAACUACGUGCUGAAAAUGGGCUGCUUAUGACCCCUUGUUACACUGCUAACUUUGUGGCACCAGAGGUGUUAAAGAAACAAGGCUAUGAUGCUGCCUGUGAUGUUUGGUCCCUAGGGGUGCUUCUAUAUACAAUGCUUGCUGGCCACACGCCAUUUGCCAAUGGUCCAAGUGACACUCCCAAUGACAUCCUGAAACGGAUAGGGGAAGGAAAGUUCAUGCUCUCUGGAGGCAACUGGGACUCUGUGUCUCCUGAUGCUAAGGACCUUGUAUCUAAGAUGCUCCAUGUUGACCCACUAGCCAGGACCACACUACAUGAUGUACUACAUCAUCGAUGGAUCGCCAACAGAGAUUCCCUCCCACAGUUACGUCUAACCCUACAAGACAUCAACUUAGUAAAGGGUGCCAUGAAGGCCACAUACAAGGCAAUCAACAACAGUCCUCGCGCAGCACUAGAGCCAGUUGGUGCAUCACUUCUUGCUCAAAGACGUGGCAAGAACAAGCCCAAGACUUCCACAGAGGUUUAAGGCAAGUCUACCCUGUCACCCCUCCCAACAUGGACACUCCCUCUAUUUACAUGGCAUUGAAAAUUAGAUAUAACCAGGAACGAGGGGUGGCAGGGUAGGUUUAGUUAAGGAUUAUAAAUAAUGGACACUUCCAAUGAUACAAUGUUUCAUUCAAUCAUGAACAUUAUUUUAUGGAUAAACCCAUAAAAGGACUUGAAUGAAGCGCCAUGCAGGAAUUAGCGCAAAAUACUUGAAGAGGAUAUGAACGUGAAAUCCAUUGUCAGAUAUAAUAUAAUAUUCUAUCACUUCUCGCAACAUUUCCUGACUUGCCAAAACUGAGGCGAUGUAUACCAUGGGAGUAGCAAGGCACGAAGCAACUGCCUUAGCAAAAUUACACAGAAAAAUAUAUUCAGACUAUAUUUGCAACUGAAACUCAAACAGUAGCAUCGUAUGCUCUUUAUCUUAUCUUUCCGGAGCCUAUUUUGAUUUAUUUACAUGUAAUUAUAUUUGCCUUGGCCAUUUACUGACCCUGUAUACCAUGGUGAAUGAAACUUCAGCACAUCAAAUUGCAAUAUUUAAGUUACAGAUUUACAUUUGAAUUUUUAGUUUUUAUUAGGAGUAUUUUUUGUUAAAGUUAGGCUAAGUUGUUCUGCAUGAUUUACAGUAUUUCACUUCCUGAUUUUUGCAUCUAAAAUUUGGGGACCAAUUAAGCUACUGGGGGCCAUUAAUAGAAACUUUGUAAAGUUAAGAAUUCGUAAAGUCAAUCGUUCUCUAACUGUGAUGUCAAUAUAUCCAUGGUUACAACA